CCCACAUCUCACCCGCAUCCCUGCAGCCGCUUCUCCUCAGCUCUGCUCUCGACAGCCACCAUGGGCAGCACUCCCGCCGAGAAGGCCAUCUUGGGCACCAUCGACCUGUUUCACAAAUACAGUGGACAGAAGGACACGAUCGACAAGCCAGGCCUGAUCAAGCUGCUCAAGGAGAAUUUCCCCAGCCUCCUGGCCGCCUGUGACAAAAAGGGCACAGACUACCUGGCCAAUGUCUUCGAGAAGAAGGACCAGAAUAGCGACGGCCAGAUCGACUUCUCUGAGUUCCUCUCCUUGCUGGGGGAUUUAACCACAGACUACCACAAACAGAGCCAUGGAGCUGAGCCCUGCUCUGGGGGAAACCAGUGACCCGCCUCCCCAAGGCCUCCAGGGCCCCAAAGAACAAUAAAGUGUCUCUUCUGACUAGAAA